CGCUCCAAAAUUAUGUCGUCGUUCCUGAGUCUCCGAAUCUGUUGCAUCGCAAUCUGAUCAACAUUAUCCCAGGCCCCUAUCUUUCCUACCAUCCCGUUUUCCACCAUUUGCCAGAGCGCUUGUUGUUCGCGCACUCGUUUCCAAAUCAUCAUCACCGGACGAGUCUCGAGGGAGAUUCGCUGUCAUCGAUGACAUUCGAACAGACUACACACCCUCGAGGGAUUCGGGAAGAUACAACGCCGCUAAAACACACCCUCCAUGUCCAAUCGCGGGAGACGGGGGACCUGGCUGCGUCACCGCGCCCUGGAGAAACGACAAUAGCGGAGAAGAGUACUCCUUUCGCGAAGUCAUGGGCGCAUUUCAUCGCCGGAGGCCUAGGUGGCAUGGCCUCAGCCACGUUGACCGCGCCUUUAGACGUCCUCAAAACCCGGUUACAAUCGACAUACUACCAGCAGCAUCUUGUAGCCGCGCGGGCCGCGCGAGGCCUGCCCCCCAUCGAAACCAUGUCCUUCGCCCGAAGUUCGCUGCUCCACAUUCGCGAAACCGGAGAGAUCCUCUGGCAGGUCCCCAAGGUCGAAGGCUGGAGAGCGCUCUUCAAGGGACUCGGGCCUAAUCUGAUUGGCGUAGUGCCCGCGCGUGCGAUCAAUUUUUACGUGUACGGGAACGGGAAGAGGAUAAUAAGCAAUUAUUUCAACGACGGGCGGGAAGCUGCGUGGGUACAUUUGGCUUCUGCUGCUUGUGCAGGCGUGGUCACCGGUACGGCGACAAAUCCGAUCUGGCUCGUAAAGACGCGGCUGCAACUGGAUAAGAAUACACACGCGGACGGCCGGGGACGGCAAUACAAGAACGCGUUGGACUGUACCAUGCAAACGUUGCGGAAAGAGGGUGUUCCGGGACUUUACAGGGGAUUGACUGCUAGUUAUUUGGGCGUUGUGGAAAGUACGAUGCAGUGGGCUUUGUAUGAGCAGAUGAAGCUAUCCCUGGCGAGAAGGGAGGCGAGAAUCGCAAACAGCGGCCGCCCUCCCACCGCUUGGGACCACACGGUAGCGUGGACUGGCAAGAUUGCGGCGGCGGGAGCAGCCAAGUUCAUAGCUGCUAUCCUCACGUAUCCACAUGAGGUUGUGCGCACACGUCUGCGGCAAGCGCCCUUAGCGAACGGUCAGCUCAAAUAUACCGGACUACUCCAAUGCUUCACGACCAUUUUCAAGGAGGAAGGCAUGGUGGCAUUGUAUGGUGGACUUGUCCCCCAUAUGCUCCGCGUCGUGCCCAGCGCGGCCAUCAUGUUUGGCACCUACGAAGGGGUAUUGAAGGUGCUUGGUACCAGCAGCAAUUUGUAAUACGCAUACUUCCAGCAUUGGGCGGGCGCUCUUGUAAAAAAGAAGAAGGAGGAAUCGCAUCGGUCGGCGUUGGUGGUCCAAUUUUCAUGUUCCCUAAGGUAUAAUACCCUGUCACUUCUCCUCUGUAAAUUAGAUUUUCUAGCACGGGUAUCAGGGCGGGUGCAGGUCCACAGAUUUGUACGAGAUUUGUACGAUACAACUGAGAUAUGACGGCGCAGAAGCCGCCUUGAGUUAAUAAGGCUGC